ACUUUAUGUUCGAUUUUCUUGUCGUCUAUAACCUUGAAAAUAUUUGUUAGGUUACUUAUUACAAAAACUGAUUCUUUUUUAAAGAAAUUGUUCGUUCGUGAAUUUGAUUCCAAAGCUGUUCAUUUGUCAGUUAUAAUAUUUUUAUGCUCGCGGGUUACGUCAAACCAUCGAAUUAAAUAAUUCCGAAUGGGUCCUAGCAGUCUUGACAUUUUUUUAACUACAUAUUUCAUAUUUAAACACUAGUACUCAAUAUUAGAGGAUGGUUUCGCAGUUUGAGGUUAUGUUUUAUUAUUAUUCGUUCUUGUUCAUUUAAGUGCUGUUUCUCCAUAUUUUUAGACUUUUAGUUCAUAUUAUGGUUUAGUGAGUUUUAAAAUUAAAAUCAAUUUGUGCCUUAUUCAUUGGUGAACAUAGUCCGGUGUUAAUUUAUGGAAUCUUUGAAAAAAGAAGACGAAAAUGUAAUUCACUAUUUAAAAAAUGUAGAUUUCUUUAAAUUUCAAAUGUUCACCAUGGAUCAUAUCAAAAGUUCGAAUCAGUGGAAAUAUUUCGAUUUUGGUCCUCCGACGAAGAAUCCUUCAACUACUAGUGUAGAUUUUAAGAAAAAUUUCGAAACCAAAACUGUCCGACAAAUAAAAAAUAAAAAUGAAUUAUUCAAACAAACGAAAGAAACUUUCAAUUUCCACGAAAAGUUAACUCCAAAAUCUUUAAACGACUUGGCAGUACAUCCUAAAAAACUCCAAGAAGUUGAAGAAUGGUUGAAAAUAAACACAUUACAAGCUCAUAAUAGGGUAAGUGCACCAUUUCUUUUGAUAUCCGGUCCUACUGGCUCAGGGAAAACCUCGACAGUCACCGUUAUAUGUAAAACUUUAAAAAUCUCAAUAUCUGAAUGGGUUAAUCCAAUAGACCAAGAAUACGAAUAUAAAGGAAUGAAUCAAAUAGAUCAAUUCGUUGAAUUUCUUUCUGAAUCUAAAUAUAAUUCUUUAUUUGAAAAUUCCAAAAAUAGGGUGACAUUAGUAAAAGAUUUUCCGAACGCAAUAAUUCAAAACCCCCAAGAGUUUUUCGAGGUAUUGGAAACUUGUAAAAGCACCACAAGACAACCUGUGAUAUUUAUAUGUACGGAUGCAAGUAGUUCUAAUUUAAAUUUACAAAGAACUUUGUUUCCUGAGGAAAUUAUGCUUAAAUAUAAUAUAAGUCAUAUAAGUUUUAAUAUAUGUGCUCCAACGUUGAUGAAAAGUGCUUUACGGAGAGCCCAGGAGUUGGUGAAAUUGAAUUCUGAUAAAUUAAAGCUACCGUCUUCUGGAAUGGUAGAAGCAAUUUUAGUUUCAGCUGCUGGAGAUAUCAGAACAGCCAUCAAUCAAUACCAUGUAGCCAGUUUGAUGGGAAUUGGAGAUGUUCCUUUGAUAUCAAACGAAUCAGAAAAGAAAACUGCAAAAAGGAAAAGAUCUAAUGAAAAUACAAAAACGAACUCUAUGUUUAGAGACCAAACUUUGGGGCUUUUUCACGGUUUAGGUAGAGUUUUGAAUCCGAAACGAAAAGUUGUGGGGGAUUCUUGGAGACUUAGUCAUAAUAUCGAAUCACUUAUCGACGAAUUUUCAACGCAACCGCAAAUGUUUACAUCGUUUUUAUUCGAAAAUUAUUUGAAAUAUUUCGGGGAUAUCACGGAUGUAUCUAAAUCGGCGGAAAUAUUGAGUCUAUCAAUGAAGUUUUUUGAAAAUUGGGAAAGGCAUGAAACUUUGAUUUUCGGUUUAUGGAUAUCAGUUUUAGGUCUUAUGAUUUAUAACGAACACCGCGUAUCGAAGUGGAAUCAAAUGAGGGGACCGACAAAAAUCACAAGAAAAAACAUUCAAAAUGAUGUGGAUACUAUGAGUUUAGAUGCUACGGAUUAUUAUUAUUAUAAUAUAAUCACUAAAUCCAAUAAAUUUCAUAGAUUUAAUUUCAAUUUUUAAGGAUCGAUGUUGAUUUAUUAUUUUCUUCUAAAUAAAUAUUUGGUAAACUAA